UACCUGUUUUCAUCUCAGAAAUUAAAAAGAUUAAAUAAGCCCAUCAUCGAAAACCAUGUAAUCUAUGUUCUUAUUAUUUUGGUUGGUUAACCAAUUCCAUGCAAUUUUAUGCUCCCAAAGAAAGUUCUCAUUUUAAAUACAUUCAUCAACUUGCCAUUUCUUCCCCCAUUCGCUCAAAAACUUCCCAAGCUCCUAGCCAUUUUCAUGGCUUCCACCCUUCUGAGAACAUUUCUACUCCUCUCUACAAUCUUUAUUGUUCGACCAUGGGCUGUUAAUUCAUCCUCUUUUUCUUCUGCUACUGAUACUACUUUAGAUGCUCAUUUGGCUUCUAUAAGAUCCUUUUGCAAAUCCACACCAUACCCAGAUGCCUGCUUCGAUUCACUGAAGCCAUCUAUUUCAAUAAAUAUCAAACCGAACAUAAUUGGUUACGCUCUUCAAUCCCUCCAAACUGCAAUCUUCGAAGCCGACAAGCUCUUGGAUCUCUUCCUGAAUAUUGGAAGCUUGGGGGUCGUCGAAAAGCAAAAAGGAGCCAUCCAAGAUUGCAAGGAAUUGCACCAAAUUACAAUGAGUUCUCUACAGAGAUCCUUGUCCCGAAUUCGUUCUGGUGACGCCCGGAAACUAUCCGACGCUAGAGCAUUCCUCAGUGCGUCUCUCACCAACAAAAACACUUGUUUGGAAGGCCUUGAUUCUGCGACGGGUCCUCUCAAGUCAGUUAUAGUCCAGUCCAUAACCAGUGUCUAUAGACACAUUAGUAAUUCACUUUCAAUGUUGCCGAAGCAGGAGCUCAGAAAAGUGACGGAAGGUUCUAACCGUCGUCUCAUGGGUUUUCCGGCGUGGGUGUCCAGGAAAGAUCGUCGGAUAUUACAGAGCUUCGAUGGUGACUAUAAUCCAAAUGACGUGCUUACGGUGGCCAAAGACGGGAGCGGAAACUUCACCACCAUCACGGACGCCGUUAAUUUCGCUCCAAACACCAGCUACGAUAGAACGAUUAUCUACAUUAGGGCAGGGAUUUACCAGGAAAACUUGGAUAUCCCAAGCUAUAAGACCAACAUUGUGUUGUUGGGGGAUGGAGCAGACGUCACCAUUAUCACCGGUAACAGAAGCGUGGGUGAUGGCUGGACUACUUUCAGGUCUGCAACCGUUGCCGUCUCCGGCGAUGGGUUUCUGGCGCGUGACAUAAAAUUCGAGAACACGGCCGGACCGGAAAAACACCAAGCCGUUGCCUUGAGAGUGAACGCCGACUUGAGUGCGGUGUAUCGGUGUGCGAUCGAUGGGUACCAAGACACCUUGUACGUACACUCCUUUCGACAAUUCUACAGAGAAUGUGACAUAUACGGCACAGUGGAUUUUAUCUUUGGAAAUGCCGCUGUUGUGUUCCAAGAGUGUAACAUUAUAGCAAAGCUGCCUAUGCCGGACCAGUUCAAUGUGAUCACAGCUCAGUCUAGAGACACCCCGGAAGAGGAUACCGGCAUCUCCAUACAGAACUGUUCUGUUCUUGCAUCCGACGACCUCUACUCCAAUAUUGCUUCUGUCAAGAGUUACUUGGGGAGGCCAUGGAGAAUAUACUCGAGGACGGUCUACAUGGAAUCUUAUAUUGACAAUCUCAUUGACGCCAGAGGGUGGAAAGAGUGGUCCGGCAAUCAGGGGUUGGAUACAUUGUAUUAUGGAGAGUACGAUAAUAAUGGGCCUGGCUCGCUCGCGGACGGUCGGGUUACCUGGCCAGGCUACCACAUAAUGAAUUAUAACGACGCCCGGAAUUUCACCGUGUCAGAGUUCAUUACCGGAGACGAGUGGCUGGAGUCAACUUCAUUUCCUUACGAUGAUGGGGUUUAACUUUUCUUUUUGUUUUGUUUUAUCUAGCUAAACCAAAUUGUUAUAUAUAUGAAUCUAGGCUUUAUGGAAAUUCAACUUAACUACUUAAUAAUC